CGGCCACCGAUCGCUUUAAAGGGCCACAUUUUAUACGGCAGCAGACUGAAAAGUGUUACAACUGUUCACCAUAACCAUGGAGAACCUAACAUUAAGUGAGCUAUACACUUCGGAGAAAAGGGGCAGCGAUGAGACGGGCAAGGGGACGGCGGAGGAACCGUUCAAAACGAUCCUUCAGGCGAUGAAGCACGCCGGCAAGGAACCGUUUCCGACGAUCUACGUUGACGCGAAGGACGAGAAGGCGGCCUCACCGUACGAGGUGGCCUCCAAGACGCAGCUGAAGAAGGUGCAAAAGUUUUGGGCUCGCGAGUGCUCGAAGGGCGACAAGCAGAAGCGAGAGGAGGAGGAAAAGGCUAAAAACCGGGAGCAAAACCUGGAUGAAGCGAAAAAGGUCACCAUUGCGGAGGACCCAUCAUGGGCGGCCGCGAAAUCGAUCAAGAUCGUACACGGUUCCGCUAACCGUAACAUGCGCGUUCGGCUGUACGGUUGGAUCCAUCGAUUGCGGCGCCAGGGUAAGGGCCUCAUGUUUGUGACGCUGCGCGAUGGUACCGGAUUUCUGCAGUGCGUCCUCACGGACACACUCUGCCAGACGUACAACGCGCUCGUACUGUCGACGGAAUCGUCGGUACAGCUGUUUGGCACACUCAAGGAAGUGCCGGCCGGAAAGACGGCUCCCGGUGGCCAUGAACUGCAUGUCGACUACUGGGAGCUGAUUGGACUAGCGCCGGCCGGUGGCGCAGACGCCAUUCUCAACGAGGAGGCUCACCCGGAUGUACAGCUCGACAACCGGCACAUUAUGAUCCGCGGAGAGAACACUUCGAAGAUCCUGAAGAUGCGCGAUGUGGUGAUGCAAGCGUUCCGGGCGCAUUACUUCGACCGUGGAUACACGGAGGUUACGCCACCGACGCUUGUGCAAACCCAGGUCGAAGGUGGUGCGACGCUCUUCAAGCUCGAUUACUUUGGCGAGGAAGCCUAUCUCACGCAAAGCUCCCAACUGUAUCUCGAGACAUGUCUUCCCGCUCUGGGGGAUGUGUUUUGUGUGGCACAAAGUUAUCGUGCUGAGCAGAGCCGGACCCGGCGCCAUCUUGCCGAGUACAGCCACAUCGAGGGCGAGUGUCCGUUCAUCACGUUCGAAGAGCUGCUGGAACGGUUAGAGGAUCUCGUCGUCGAUGUCGUCGAUCGGGUGCUGAAAUCUCCGUGGGGCUAUAUGGUGCAAGAGUUGAAUCCGGGUUUUGUGCCACCGAAACGGCCGUUCCGGCGAAUGAACUACGCCGAUGCGAUCGUCUGGCUGAAGGAGAACAACGUCACCAAGGAGGACGGAAGCUUCUACGAGUUCGGUGAGGACAUUCCGGAAGCGCCCGAACGCAAGAUGACCGACACGAUCAACGAACCGAUCAUGCUGUGCCGGUUUCCUGCGGAAAUCAAAUCGUUCUACAUGUCCAAGUGUGACGAUGAUCAGAGGCUAACGGAGAGUGUGGAUGUACUGCUUCCGAACGUCGGCGAGAUUGUCGGUGGUUCGAUGAGGUCCCACAAAUACGACGAACUGAUGGACGGUUAUAAGAGAGAGGGGAUCGACCCGAAGCCGUACUAUUGGUACUUAGAUCAGCGCGUAUAUGGCACGCAGCCCCACGGAGGCUACGGGCUGGGACUGGAGCGAUUCCUGUGCUGGCUGCUCAACCGCUACCACAUUCGUGAAGUGUGUUUGUACCCGCGGUUUUUGGAACGCUGCAAGCCCUAAGCCCUACGGAUUCGUCAUUGCAUUUGCAUUUUAUUCUGCCCAUUCGUACGCUUCAAAGUAUGAACAAUAAAGUAAA